CAGUACAUAACAACACAACAAACAAUAGUUUUUUUUUUAAAACUUAAAUUACCGGUAAUUGAUAGCCCAAUCAUACCAUCUAAUUAGCUAACUGGGUUAUCCAACAAUCCUCAAACUAGUAACCCCUCAAAAAAAAAACCCCGACUGUCCACACCAACCGAACUCUCCUCGACUACCUUCGCCGCCGCUGUCCACAGCAAUGGCCAAACAUCAUCCGGAUCUGAUUUUUUGCCGCAAACAAGCGGGCGUAGCCAUCGGCCGACUGUGCGAGAAGUGUGACGGCAAGUGUGUUAUCUGCGACUCGUAUGUCCGGCCGUCGACUUUGGUCCGCAUUUGCGACGAAUGUAAUUACGGUUCAUAUCAGGGACGGUGUGUCAUAUGCGGCGGUCCGGGUGUUAGCGAUGCCUACUAUUGUAAAGAGUGUACACUACAGGAAAAGGAUAGGGAUGGCUGUCCCAAGAUUGUCAACUUGGGCUCAUCCAAGACGGACCUGUUCUACGAACGCAAGAAAUAUGGAUUCAAGAAGAGGUGACCACUUAUUACUGUUGUUGUUGCAGUUGGUGGACACCUCUGUGGUUUGAUUUUCUUUGUUGUUGUGGCGCACCGGUAGCUAAUAAUAAGGGCUCUGUAUGUGGUGAGUCCAUAAUAUUUGUUGGUUAUCCCCACUACUACUACUACAUUAACUAAUUGUCUAAAUCAAUGUCAACGUUAUAUAUAUUUUUUUG